GGACAGAUCUGAGAGGGGAGGAGUCGGACACACAGCGAGUUUAGGACGGACUGAAGGGCAAAGGAGCAGCAAGGAGAAGAAAACACAACUAGACUGGAGCUUUCUAGAAGAAAAAAAAAAGAGGGUUUCAAAGAAUAUUGAUUACUGCCUACCUGAAGAAAAAUGUCGGUGUCCCUGGCUGCUCGCCGGGUGCUCGCUGCGGCGUCACACUCCAGCCACGAAGGAGGAGGAGCCAAGACCUGGAAGAUCCUGUCCUUUGUUCUGGCCCUGCCCGGAGUGGCCGUCUGCAUUGCCAACGUCUACCUGAAGAUGCAGGCGCACUCCCACACCGCGCCGGAAUUUGUGCCUUACCCUCACCUGCGUAUCCGCACCAAGAAGUUCCCCUGGGGUGACGGAAACCACUCGCUGUUCCACAACCCUCACGCCAACGCUCUGCCCGGCGGCUUCGAGGAGUCCCACCACUGAGGGGCCGGGCUCCUCGGUCUGCAGCGGCUCAACUCAAGUGAACGAGGGGCCACCUGGACAGGAAUUAAAAAACAACAACAAAAAAAACCCACUUUGUGCCGUGUUGUGAUCAGUCAUUUGUUUUCACCCGACCGGAUCCACUGCACCGAUAGGAGCUCUAAAUAUGCGGCUUAGGUUCUGCGAUGUAGAGCGCUGCAGAGGAAGUAAGAUAUUUUACACGUUGUGUUGAGUCAGAUAAUCUUCUCGCAAUAAAAUCCCACUUUUAUGAGUUUUCAGGUGUGAAUAAAAAUUGUCCCGAAGCGUUAAAACUUC